AUGGUACGUUCUCUCCACACAGAUUUCAUUCAUAAAAUUCCAGCUCACUAUAAAAGGAGGCGCGCUCCACUAUCUGCAGCAAGUACAAUUCACGUGAAAGAACCCAGAAAAGUGAUGCACAGAGGUGAUAGAACAGCAGGACAGUAGAUAAUAGCUUAAAAUAUAGGAGGAAUAGUGAUUUGUUUUUCAUGCUUUAUUGAUAUAUAUAUAUUAUUUUUUUUAGAACACAUCAUCAUGUAUCCAGACUCGAGCCAAAACUACAAUGACUCGAGCUCGUCCAGCAGCAGCACGAGAAGCAACAGCGCAGCAUCGCCUACCGGAGACAGACCCGCGUGCAGUCAGCGGUCUCCAAACUCACUCACGAGCGCAUCAUCAAUAGACAGCAGCACGUCGCAGGUACGAAUGGAUGUUGUUAUAAUUUUUUUUUUUUUUUUUUUAAAGGUUCAUGGAAUUGCAUUGGAGGAUUAUUUGGAAAUGUUCAUUAUGUUUGUGUUGCAUUGAGUUUGUGGCAAGAUCAAUCAUUUAUAUAUUUUUUUAUUGCAUAUUAAUUCAGAGUGAUUCUGAAUCUACAGCCUAUAAGCCUACUGGACCGUGAACCGCUCGUGAUAGAAAAUAUGUAGCUCCGUUACUGCGACACACAGCCUAUCCAGAUGUUUACGGCAUGUUGAAAAAGCCCUUAUUGAGUAGGUACCCAUAUAGGCCUUACCUACAUGCCACGGUCAGACUGUUGGCUGAUCACCUUCAAAUUCCUGACAUUACUCGAGUGGUAUAGGAGGCGAUGUUUACCAAAUGAUAAUUGAAGACUUGAUUGCUGCCGUCACGCCAAUAGAUGAUGAGGAUGGUGAUCAUGAUGAAGACGGUGAUGACGAUGAUUGGUGAUGACGAUGAUUGGUUUAGCUAUUAUUGGCAACAUGAGAUGGACUGUCGUUUAUUACUGUCGUUUAUUACAGUAGUGUUACUGUGAUCAGGGCACUCUUGUGAAUGAAACCCUGGCCUCAAUGGGUUUACCCUGAAUAAUAAAAUAAAAUAAAAAUUGCGUGACAUCAAACCCUAAUUAUAAACGUUGUAAAUUAGUACAGAAUUAGCUAUAGAUACACCAUCAAUUGUGCUAUAAAUGUCACGCCAAUAACCAAAUCAUUGAUGCACAUCACGCCGUUUUUGGAAAGGUCAACCAUGCAUGUCAUCGGAGUCUAUUAGAUUCAAUCAAUUCAACAUUCCUUGUGUUGUUUUUGCAGAAUGUCUCCGGUGACACAGACUAUCCACGGCGGUCUCCCUUUGUUCCUACAGUGACCGCAAUCUCAGCCUUCUCGGAUCUGCAGUGGAUGGUCCAACCGACCACCGUCAUCUCAGCAUCAGUCUCCCCCUCCUCCUCCCCAUCUGCCUCCCCCUCCAGCCGCGCAAAGCCAACAAGAGCUCGUGGCGCAACCCAGUCGUCUUCCAGAGCUGGAGGGAGCAAGGAACAAUCCACCUGCAAGAAAGGGAAAAAACAGGUAAGCUGUGUUAUAUAUCAUGGACAAUUUCGAUACAAUUUCAACUAAUCAGUCCUGAAUGGUCUAAUGUGCGUGCGUGCACGUGACUGGACAGACUGUGCCUAAUGGUGCAGCAUUCUUAUGCACAUAUUAAGUGUUCUAUAGGUCUGGUAUUGAACUUGUUACCCACUCAAUAUGUAGCUUAGCCAAGGAAAGUCUACAGUCGGCAACCCUGAUAUAUUUUCUGACGCUGCAUUAAAGGAUGUAUAGGCUAUUUUAGGGCUACCCUUUGCCAAAUAUUGAAUUAGCCUUAAAGGGCCAAGUGACGCAAUGGCAAGAUUCCUUAUGCAUUUAGAGGGUUCUCUUUUGUUGUGACUGGUCCAGGCUACAUCAGAAGAGGAUGAGAGGAGGAAGAUCAGGAGAGAGAGGAAUAAAGUCGCCGCAGCCAAGUGUCGCAACAGACGGCGGGAGCUCACCGACACCCUGCAAGCCGUAAGUGCACCUUGUUCUCAUGUGAAAGACGACUGUCAUGUCCUUGUGGAGAUGCUUAGCAGAAUGGAUUUCACCCCAAGUGAUUGAGGCUCUCCAUACGUCUUAAUAGACCAUGUAUCUUCUUUUAAUUGUCAUUUCAUAAACAUGGUAAUUGAUUGAUGUGUGGUUCUCUCCUUAUAGGAAACUGAUCAACUUGAAGAGGACAAAGAGGCCUUGGAGACAGAGAUAGCCCACCUCCUGAAAGAGAAAGAGAGUCUGGAACAGAUCCUAUCCGCCCACCGGCCAGCCUGCAAACUAGCCGCCGCUGAGGACAACGUGGAAGAAGACAUUGAUGAUGACAUCGACGAUGACAUUGACCGCAUGCUCCAGGACCCUCCGGAUUCCCCCCAGCUGCUCUCCAUCUUGGAGAACGCAGACAAACUCCAACUCCCAGAGGGAAAUGCAGCACUAGUGACUGUGUCCGACACUCCCUCGUUUCAGGAGAUGGAAACUGUUGUGGUCCCCUCAAGCAUCUCCAUCUCUGCAUCGGCCAUCUUGGGUAACUCCAACAUCCUGCUGUGCUCCAGCGCUGAGGAAGAUCCCAUGGAGGACCUAGAUUUCGACCAGGAUGACCUAGACGACCUGGUCCCCAGCCUGGAACUCAACAUGGCUGUGGCCCCCGAGACUGCCCCAUCUGUACCCGACAUCGACCUCCUCGGGGGCCCCUUCUGCCUCUCAGACUGGGAGACCCUGUACAAGUCGGUGGCCAACAGUCUGGAGCCCCUCUGCACCCCCAUGAUGAUGACUUUCCAGUUACAGGCCUACCUGUAG